CGCUUCAACCAACCAAAACCCCGAACAACAACAACAACGGCACCCAGAAGCCCCCGCGCCCGCAGUGGCUUCUUCCUCCUCCUCCGUCGUCGCUGCCGCUGAGGGCCCUGCUUCGUCUCCUGCAGGGAAAGGCUCGCCGCUAUGAAGCUCCGCGUGCGGUUGCUGAAGCGAACGGUUCUGCUGGAGUUGCCAGGGGAGGAGCCAACUCUGGGGGACCUGCGCGCGCACAUCUGCCAGACGUUCUUGCCCUCUUGCGGUUACAGUUCUGAUUCCAAGGUUGUAAUAACCUUGAACAAGAAAGACUCCCUCACAGGAGAGCAGGAAACCCUAACAUCGUUGGGGGUUGUUUCCGGAGACUUGAUAUGUUUGGUGUUAGAAGAGGCUGAUGCUGCACCCAGAUUACCUGCAUCUAUUUCCUCAUCUGUGCUUCCAUCACAGAAUCAUGAAUCAUCACCAUCUACUUCAGAUCCAUGCCAAAGCUGGCCCAGGAGCCCAGAUAGUGAAAAAAGCAACAGGCACGUAGCAGACCAUAAAGUCCAAGAUGAUGUCCAAAUGAGUGACAGUACGGCAGAAUCCAGCCAGGAGUUUGCUUCAGAGACUGUCUCAGGUGACCUUGACAUUCCAGAAGCUGUUGGUUCCUACCCUUCAGAGCCAAUGCUUUGCUCUGAAGCUACAGACGGGCAAGUGCCGCACUCACUUCAGACCCUCUACGACACUGCAGAGUGUACCAGUGCCAACGAUGCCUUGAUUGUUUUGAUACACCUUAUCAUGAUGGAGACGGGUUACAUACCUCAAGGGACGGAAGCAAAGGCAACAUCAAUGCCUGAGAACUGGAGAAGCAAAGGUGUUUAUAAGCUGCAGUAUACCCACCCCCUCUGUGAAAAUGGAUUUGCUGCACUUACUUGUGUGACUUUGGGGAACCUUAUUGUUGUCAACGUAAUGUUAAAGAUUGCUGAUGACAUCAAAAGUGUGAAGAGGCUGCAGCUUCUGCCAACAUCAUUCAUUUGUUUUGAGAACUCGGCGAAUGUUGCAGGAAUAUAUAAGGAUCUUCAGAAGCUAUCACGUCUCUUUAAAGAUCGGCUGGUGUACCCUCUUCUGGCUUUUACCCGGCAAGCUCUGAACCUCCCAGAUGUGUUUGGCUUGGUGGUCCUUCCACUGGAACUGAAACUAAGGAUUCUCCGACUCCUGGAUUUCCGCUCACUUUUAUCUUUGUCUGCUGUUUGCCAUGACCUCUAUGCUGCUUCAAAUGAUCAACUACUGUGGAGAUUUGUGUACCUGCGGGAUUUUAGAGAUCCUGUUACCAGCCCCCGAGAUACAGACUGGAAGGAACUCUACAAGAAAAAAUGGAAGCAGAGGAAGGAAGCCCUGAGGUGGCGACACAUGAUGUAUCUACCCCCUCUCCUUCCUGUGCCACUUCAUCCUAACUCGAUAUAUCCCAAUCCUUUCCUUCCCAAUCCUCUUUAUCCCCCAAUGAUCAUUGGUGGUGAAUAUGAUGAAAGGCCAUCAGCUCCAUAUAUUGUAGACCCGAUCCACUCCCUCUUUUCUGGCCCUAUGGAGCUUCCUCAGCUUUCUCCCUUAGAUCCAUUCCUUACUUUCAGGCAACACCUUGAUUCACUUCCAGAUCCUUACCCCACACUCCCAGGAAGAGGCAGUCGGGCCCGUCCGAUUGAUAACCGCCGUGGAUUCAUGUGACUGCAGCUUGGCUUUUAGGGCUUUAAACAUACCUGCUCAUGGGUUUGCUUUCGCACUGUAGGAUAUUUCAGCUACAGGGUUCAGAUGUCUGGUUGUCGUUGUUUUUAAUUAUGGCAGUGCAUAUGUACUAUGAGAUCUUGAUUCUGGGGGUUUGGGCUCAACGCCAUGCAAAUGACCAGUGCUGCCUCCCUUGGAACUGGAGGGACUUUUCUGAAAGAACUUUGUGGAAAACUAAUUCUUUUUGUUACCAUCUGCAAACUGCUUCUUAGAAAGCAAAAGGUGGUUGGCCUUAGCUACAUCAGAUAAAGAGCACUUUAAACACAAAGCAUUAUGUUGGUCUGGACUGUCUUUUUCUUUAAAUAGGUCUGUUAAAUCGAUGUGGUGGAGAUUUCCCCCAAAUAGCUGGCCUGAUUAGAUUUCUCUUCCAUGAGAGAACUUCCUGUUUUAUGCAACAUCUGACAUAUGGAAAGCCCAUGGCCCCCAAAAUGUAUCUGAUUUUAUUCGCCUUCAGACACCACCUGUUGCUAAGUCUUUUUCUCUUUUUUAUUACUUGAAAAGCAAACUUGGUGUUCAGAACUUCAAUGCACAAACAAUACAAGGUAAAAAUGUUUUUUGUAUACACUUGAAAGAAUAAAACAUUGAACAGUUUCAACUACAGACAGUUGAAUAUAACAUGCUACAAUGCAACCUAGAAACUAACCAUGAGUAAGAAAGAAUGCCAAAAACUGACAAAAAGACACUGCCUUCGUGUGUUGAAUGAUUCUUCUACCAAGAAAGAACUUUUAAGGGCAUUAUAAAAUGACAGAACUGACUCUGUACAAUCAAAUAUGGUGAGCACUGUGUGGCUUGUACUAGAGGUGAAUGAGCCCAAGACUUAUUUUCACUAAUUGUAAGCAAAGGGAUAUUUGCAAAAAUACUUAGUUGUGGCUUGUUUUAUAUGUUUGCAUACACAACUGACAGGACGUAAAAGAUGUAACUAUCCAUAGAGCCAGUCAACCUGAUUUGUGUUCAAAGAAUCCCAAGAGUAAAGGCGGCGUAUGGCUAGAAAAAAGGAUUGGCUGGUAAGGGGAAAUUAAUUACAGGUGAUUAGAUUAAGAAAAACCAAUGUUUUCAGCUGAUUCAGAUGCACUGAUUAAUAUGCCAAUUUACUUUAAAGUCCCAAGUUUUUGUUUGAUUGGGUUAAAAUAAGGCUUCACAUAAUGCUGUGAGAGAGAAAGAAAGCAUAGGUUUUUGACUGAUUGCAGCUUUAGAUACACAUCCCCGAAUGGUAUGGUUUCUGGGUGUGUAUAGAAUGUGUACUCUGUUAAGAAUGAGGUUUCUAGUUUAGUUGUACAGUAUUGCUUUUCACUUCACUAAGCUUGCUCUAGCAAUUGACCAAAUAAGCUUUAGGGAUGUCACAGUAUUUCUAAGCAUGCUGUGUUAAAGGUUAGAUACUUAGUUCUUGUGAAGCUUUGUUAGAAUCAUAGAGUUGGAAGAGACCACAAGGGCCAUCCAGUCCAACCCCCUGCCAAGCAGGAAACACCAUCAAAGUGUUGAGUCAGUGCGCUACUGGAUUGUAACUUGUGAGCACAGAUUUAUACUUAAUGUUAGCAUAUAAUGGGGUAAAGUGCCAUAAGCAACUUACAAUGUUUUCAGUUGAGAACAUGCCCAAACUAGUGCUUUAAUAUAGCAGUAGAGUUCUGAUGUGCUACCAAACAACAAGUGCCUUCUAGAUACACUUCUAAGAGUCUUCUGGUAUAGUGGCAGGCUUCCACCAGGCCUAUCUGUUGCUCCAUACACUGGGCGUAGAUAAAAUUGAAGGGCUUUCUCUUUAGCAAUACCAUUCCAUUGGUGUAGUUUGCCUCCCCCCCCCCCCUUUUGAUAAGGUGGCCUGUUGGUGGGAGGGGUAAUUUAUAAUUUCUAUAGCAGCCCUUUCUGCACUGAAUAAUAUGUGAAUUAUUGUAUCGUUUUGAGGUAGGUUAAAAUACAGUAACUUGCUUGAAAUGGAUCUCAACACUCCCGUGCAGGGAACACCCCGCACUAGCAAUCUCCAGAGGACACGACUGUUCUGAUUUCGGCUUCUGUAUUCAUAAAAUUUUUGAGGUCAAAAGGUCUAAGAAGCUCAGUCAAGGGAUAGAAUAGUCAGAGUUAUAUUGCUGCCCUCUGUGACAUUGCAAAGUUGGAGUUAGACAUGGCUUUGUUGGAAAGAUGUUUUGAAGAAAAUAAAGCCUUUGAGAUCAGGCCAUUAUGAGCAUUGAGCCCAGCAUAACAUAGGCUAGUGCUGUGCCUGACCAGACAACACAAAACCUUCCUUUAUAAACAGCAAGUUUCUGGAUCCUAGCCAUUCAUAUUUCCAAGUGCUGAAUUAUUCUUCAAAGCCUCAAUGCAAUCCAGAUUGCUGCUAAAAUUAAAAUGCUUGUGAUGGCUGUUGCUUUGUUUAGUGUUUCCCCAAUGUAAUGUGAUGUACCAUAUGGCAGACUUUGCAGAGUGCAUGAAAAGUAGCACCAGAACUGAGACCUGUGGGCUUGGCUAUUAGUAAUGGUUUGCAGGAGAAUUGCAUAUUCAGCUUGUUUUAAAAGUGAGUGAGCCACACGUUAGGAUUAGUGAGCUGCAUGUGUGGUGUGACUUCAUGCAACUUCAAUCUAAUUUAGAGUGCUGAAAUGGGAAGUGAUGUACUUUGUGAUAGCCUCAUCAAAGAUUUCCAAUUGUAUCCAAUUCCAAAGUAUCUUAAAAUAAAUUAAGACUGUUUUAUAUUGUAGUGAACUGGAAAUGCACUUUAAAUUACAGUUGUAAGCAAGCAAAGACUUGCAUAUUUUUUCCACCUGUGGUUGGUGCACUAACAUGAAAUUGCAUUUAGGUAUUUUAACUCAUUCCCUGGGAUCCGUCCAAAGAAGCUGUCUGUUCUAGCUCCAAUCUGAGAAGCUUGCAAUGCUAAUAUGCUAUGUCCCCGGAUGUGUUGGAUCUCCCAUCCAAAGGUUUGACAGCUGUCAAACACUUUAGCAGGUCCCUGAAAAUUGCUCUGCUUCUUUUUAUUAAUGUGUUUGGGACAUGGUUAACAAUUCUGUAAGGUUUUUAUUUUUUUUAAAUCUGCCAACCAAGAAGAUGUCA